AUGUAUUUUUAUGACUAUAUAAAUGUAACAUUUCCUACUAAAAUCUGUGAUAGAGGCCUAGCAAUUUUGCCAGGAGCUCCUCAAUCUAGCAACGUAUACGAUACAUGUGCGCCAUAUACUUGCAAUAAGUACGACAGUUACACAUUACAAGUUUUCACAUAUGGGAAAACAACAACAAUAACAUGUGACAAGAAUAAUGUUGGUGCAUCAUUUACUUAUAACAUUUCAUCAUCUAAUGGUCCCUAUGAAAGAACAGCAUACUGUGUUCAUCCUGAAAUAUUCUGCAGAACAGUCAAACUCCAAGAAAUGAAUUUUGUUGCUGAUCCUUUCGAUCCCGAUACAGUUCAACUCCAAGAUCCAUAUAAAAUCCCAACUCCAUCUGCAACACCUAAAACACCAACUCAAUCUGCAACACCAAAGACACCAACUCAAUCUGCAACACCUAAAACACCAUCUCCAUCUGCAACACCAAAGACACCAACUCAAUCUGCAACACCUAAAACACCAUCUCCAUCUGCAACACCAAAGACACCAACUCCAACUCAUCAAACUCCAACACCAACACCAAAGACACCAUCUCCAACGCCAGCAGAACCAGAAAAGACAAAGACAGAAACAGAACAAUUUUCAGAUAUGGAGUCACCAUCAGAUAACACAAAUGUACCAAAAACAGAACAAAAUGAAUCAUCAAGUUUUACAGUUAAUAAAGAUGAUUCUAAGUCUGGCUCAGGUAAGAAUGGGCUUUCAACAAAGACGUGGAUCAUUAUUAGUGCAUCAAUUGGAGGUGCUAUUCUAGUCAUUAUCAUCGUAACCAUUAUUUUCUUCAAAGUCAAAGGAUCCAAAGAGGUAUCGAGUGAUGAAAUAAUGCACCAAGAUUUCUUAGUUUAA